AUGGCUUCUGCCUCUUUCCGGGAGUCGAUGAACUCUCUGGGAUGGUCGCGCCGAGAGCCCGAUUACUCCGUCAAUACCUCCUCCCAGACCGGCCUGCUGUCGUCCAUCAAAUCGCUGAAUCCCUUUGGAGACCGCGGCUAUGUACAAUUACCCACGACCGAGGGUGCCGGUGCGCCCCUGCCGGCAAGCAACCGUCGCGAAGAAGAAGAAGGCUGGUUUGUCCUGAGUCGUUGGGACCGGCUACUUAUUUUCGGCGCUUGUAAUCUGGGCGCCCUCGCCUGCUUCGUGCUCUGCUUCGCCCUUUGGCCCAUCCUUAUGGCCAAGCCGCGCAAAUUCGUAAUCCUUUGGACUUUCGGCUCGCUCCUUUUCAUAUCCUCAUUCGGAGCUGUAAUGGGACCUAGACCAUAUCUACAACAUCUAACAUCAGGCCCUCGUCUUCCCUUUACUGCUGCCUACUUUGGAUCUAUUGCACUUACUAUAUAUUUCUCGGUUGGCCUUCAAAACACGAUCUUAACCCUAAUAUCCGCACUCGUACAGAUUGCAUGCCUUUUAUGGUAUCUUAUCAGUUACUUCCCUAUGGGCUCUAGUGGUCUUCGGCUGGCUACCACGUUCGGUGCUAGAAGAGCCGCAGCGUGGAUGACUGGUUAG